AUGAUGCCUAGUCCUCUCAGUCUCUUUGAGAAAACGAAGGCUGAAGGUAGGCCUUUAUACGUCUCUGGUCCAAUGGUCCGCUACAGCAAACUUCCAUUCAGACUACUAGUCCAAGAUUAUAAAGUUGAUCUGACUUAUACGCCCAUGAUUCUUGCACAUGAUGAGACAAUCAAGUUCAUCAAGAUCGUGGAGGCUGCAGGGGUAGACUAUAUCACCAUUCAUGGACGUCUACGCAACCAACGCUCUUCGACACCACCCAACUUUGAAGCCAUAAAGAUGUUGAGGGCGCAGACUACACUGCCCGUCCUCGCGAACGGAGAUGUUUAUUCUCUAGAAGACGCACAUCGGAUCACAAAGGAAACUGGCGUUGACGGCGUCAUGGCAGCUCGAGGCUUGUUGGAGAACCCUGCCCUAUUUGCAGGCUUCGACAAGACGCCGAUCGAGGCCGUUUCCCAAUUCAUACACUAUGCUGUUCAGGGUGGCAUGAGACACGAACUUGUGGUACAUCAUCUGUCAGAAAUGAUGGGCGGCGUGACCACAAAAAGAGAAAGAGCAGGCCUUGCGGUAUGCAAUGACAUGGUGGACGUUGUGGAUUGGCUGGAUAGCAGAUGCAAGUUGCAACGACCUCUCGUGUGA